AUGCCAUUAAACAUUGUAAGCUCACCUCUUUCCUUCACUGUCGCCACGUGUGUGCUUCGUCAUUCUGCGUCUGUGUGCUCUGUACUCGUGGGCUCCUUUUUGUUUUCUCCCCCUUUUUUCUCCUACCCCCAAUCCAGCCCGCUCCUCUUCGAAUCCAACACACGCAAAGCUCAACAAGAGCAGCAAAAAAAAAGGAAGCCAGCAACGAAACGGUUGGAUCCACCAGUGCCGCCCCCUCCCCUCCUUUGCUCGUCGCCGUCCUCCUCUCUGGCUCGCAACCGCAUAUUGACGGACUCGUUUUCUUUUUUCCUUUUCCCCUUUGUGUGUGCGUGCGCGGACCGCGUACUCGACUUGCAAUCACCCGUUCCUUGCUCACCCCACACGGGGUGCACAGGUUAUCCACUUCUUUCCCCUUCUACCCGAAUUCACCCUCAUCCCAUCCACAUCUCCUUCCCCCUCCUCUCUUUUCCCACCUACCCAUUCAUCAAACCUUUUGCCCAUCUCUCUGUUUCCGUUUCCUUUACCUCCUUUUAUUUUGUUUCUUUUUUUUGCGGAUUUCCUCUUCCCCUCCUCGUCCUGCAGCAAAUUCACGCGUUUGACUCGCGUCUCCUCCGCGGCUGUUUAUCACCACCCCCUCCCUCCCUCAAAAAAAAGAUCUGCAGCGCCGCUCGUCGUUACGACUCAUAA